AGACAGACAGACAGACAGACAACAAAUUCCCCGCCUCGUUUCCGUUGCCCUAAUCGUCUUGAAAAGUCCUAAAGGCCUCACAAUUAAUUAUGGUUGAAUCCGAAAAGACCCAAAAGGAAUCGGCGAAUGCGCCUGCACGUGAGGAUAUCGCGAGAGCGCCGCACGACCCCGAUGUCGAGGAGGCGUAUACGGCUGAUAUCAAAGGCGCGAUCCAGAACACCAACCACGACGAUGCAGCCGACUUGUUUGCCAGCAGCGAGGAUGUGUUUCAGUAUACCAAAGCGGAAGCCUCCAAAGUGCGCUGGAAGCUCGACUUGAUUCUUCUCCCGAUGGUUCGUAUCUAGAUGGCCUUCACGUUCCUUGGUAUGUUGCUAUAAGCGGAUGAUAACAGGGUUGAAUGAUAGAUGUUCGUUAAUUACCUGCUUUCGUUCAUGGACAAAGUUUCGCUUUCAGAAGCAUCUAUCUUUAGCAUUCGGGAAGAUACGUGAGUAACACACAAACAAAUUGCACCAUGAAAUGACAACGAUAUUAGUUCAAAUUUUGAGGGUGCUGAUGGGGAGGGUGAUGGAGGGAGGAGGGUGGGGUGGAGGGAGA